AUGGCGCCCACCGCGCCGUCCUCCAACUCGGUCACCACCAGCAAGGUCACCAAGACCCAAGAUCGCAACCGCAAUCGCGUCUUUGGCCUCAACAGCAAGGAUGAGAAGAAGGCCGCCAAGAUCAAUCGAGGGCAAGGGCAAGGCGAAGGCAUCCGGCCGGGACACAAGCAGCGCAUCCGACCAAGCCACGAGCAGCACAUCCGGCAAUGGCAAGGAGCCAGAGAGGCGGUCUAA